AUGGCGAUAGUCAAGUGGAAGUUUGGCCAAGCACCAUCUCAGACGACUCAGCCGGAACCACCCAAGCAGGCCCCAGUACAGAUCGUCACCGCAGAUGGCAAACAGUUCGGGCUCGAAAACUUCGGAAAUACCUGUUACGCCAAUUCGGUGCUGCAGGCCCUGUACUUUUGCUCUCCUCUCCGUGAUCUUGUCAUUCAGUCGCCCGACUCUGCCGCCGGCCAUGAGGAUCCGGCGUCAUUCCUCCCCUCUCCGACUGUCCUUGGCCAGCAGGUACGUCACAAGCCGGACCGCAAGCCCUCCGCUACACAUACCCCUUCCCGUCCUGCGGAUCCGACCGCCUCGCAGCUCACCGCAAGUAGCUCGGGCUCGACAUCGGCCACCCUCUUCUCCGCCCUGCGCGCGCUCUUCCUGCAUAUCGCGCAGAACCCGCAAGACAAGGGCACUGUCGCUCCUCGCGCCUUCAUCGAGAAGCUGCGCGAGCUCAAUGAGCUCUUCCGGAGUACGAUGCACCAGGACGCUCACGAGUUCCUCAACUACGUUCUCAACAAGAUCGUGGACGAACUGGAGGAAGAGCGUAAACGAAACGCAGACGGAAAGGUCUCCAACUCCGUGGCUACUCUGGCGACUACGCGAGCGCCAUCGACAUCGUAUUCAUUACCCUCGGCGUCCACGCUGGUACAUCGAUUAUUCGAGGGAACGCUCACUUCGGAGACCCGCUGUCUUACGUGCGAGACCGUAUCUUCCCGAGACGAAUCAUUCCUGGAUCUCAGCGUUGAUAUCGAGCAGAAUUCCAGUAUCACCGCUUGCCUGCGUCAGUUCAGCGCAAGUGAGAUGCUGUGUCAGCGGAACAAAUUCUUCUGUGACUCGUGCUGCGAUCUUCAGGAGGCGGAGAAAAGGAUGAAGAUCAAGAGACUGCCUAACGUCCUUGCGUUGCACCUAAAACGGUUCAAGUACCAGGAGGAUGUUGGGCGGUACAUUAAGCUCGCCUACCGCGUCGCCUUCCCUCUCGAACUCCGGCUCUUCAAUACUGUUGAUGAUGCUCAGGAUCCUGAUCGAUUGUACAAGUUGUUCGCGAUUGUCGUACAUAUCGGAAACGGACCUCAUCAUGGGCAUUAUAUCACUAUCGUGAAGGCGGCGAAUCCUAACGCUCCGGGACAGUGGCUGGUGUUUGAUGAUGAUAACGUCGACACAAUCAAGGAGAGCGACAUUCCCAAAUACUACGGCGAUUCCAACUCAGGAUCGGCAUACGUACUCUUCUAUCAG